AUGCGGAACCUCACUGGCUCGACAAGUCCGAACAGUCGCCCAUUCGGCGGCGCGUCUUUUGUAGUUCCUCCGGCGGAACCGCUACAGACGUCAUACUGCCUUGUUAACGAGGAGGAGAUGAAUGCUGCAGCUGAGAGGCGGGCACGAUCCCAGACCUUCACAAUACCGUCUAGGCGCAAACCGUCGCCCGCGAUAUCAUCUCACGAGACCCGCGGCCGACCCCGCUACGAGAACGAGAAACUACAGUCGGAGCCCUUGUCUCCAACUCACGCAGAGGGUGGUGCGGCUCGACGUGAGUCGACGCAGACCAUAAGGCCCGGCGAUUCGGGGCUCACGAUGCGUCCUUCCAACACGAGAGCGUCGUCGAUACUCUCGCCUUCAGUUCCGGAGGGAUCCGUUGCGAUUUCCGAUAUUAGUUGUUCGAUUCCGCCUCACGAUUCACCCGUCGCCUCGUUUUCGGAGUACCCGUUCAGUCAGGCUGCGAGUGGACUUGCUGAGCUGUUAGACUCGAGCCCGGUGGUGCGGCAGGACCAGCCCGCUUCCGAUUAUACCGAGCAACAGCUUAUAAUGCCCCUAAUCACUCUUCCCGAUCGGCGGCCGUUCACGGAGACCGGCAAGGCGAUAGGUGGGCUCAAGAUUCUAGUUGCAGGCGCCAAGGGUACUGGAAAGACGGCUCUUAUAAGAGCAAUAUUACAGUGUUGCGAGCAUAUAGUCCACGUAGGACAGGCUAGAGAUGCUCUUGCUGGCAGGAACCUUCCUAACUACGGCCGCGGGAGCCGCCGUGAGGGCGAUCCUAGCAUAACCGAAGUCUAUGCCAGCACGAUGCCACGACCGCCGUGGUGGACACCAUGUGACGGUGAUACUUCGGAGCCGUAUCAGGACCCUGAGCUAGACACUCAGUAUGACAAGAAUAUCUGCUUUGUCGAUACUCCGGGUCACGGAGACGACUCUAACGUCCCCGUCCGAUUGCAUCUCGCUUGCCUUACUAAAGAAGACAUGCAAUUCCUGCUGGCGCUCCAGCAGGUGACAAAUGUCAUCCCCGUAGUAUCCCAUGCUGACACAUUAUCCGUGGAGGAAGUGGCCUCUAUCAAGGAGACCGUGGCUCAGCAGCUAGCAGACAACUACGUGCGGCCCUUCACCUUUAGUACCUCGGGCACGCCGGAAGGAACCGUGGCCGUGUACGCCAUCUCAUCAUCACCGGGUUCGGAGUUCGACCUAACGGACGCCAGCCUACUUGUGAACUCGGAAUACAUCCAACCUCUCGUCACAACCGAUCUUGCCCGGCUCGUCGACGACAUAUUCUGCCCGAACGGGGCGUCAUGGCUCCGACACUCGGCCGGCAAGGUGUACCUGGAGUGGAGGCGCCGCCACACGCAAUACGGCUACGGCAUGGAUCUAUGCCUCGCGCCUAGACUUUCGAUCCAAGAUUUGGCUCCCGCCGGCGGUAUUCUCAGAUGGCGACGCGACAUCGGCUCUGGUCGCACAGAUGAGGAGCUUCUCGAAGACUGGGCGGCGGCGCUGCGGAGGAGCCUUACCAAUAACGGCGUCCAGAACGCCCAGCUUCUUCGGAUAGCGCACCGUCCGUCCGACCUCGCCGUAGCGAGAACUAGGCGACAUGGCAAGGGCGGCAGUAGGCGGUUGAAGAUGGCGGAGCCCAAGACUCACCAAGAUCCCUUGGGUUUGCUGGAGAUCUUGGGGACAAUCAAGAGCCGGGGACAGACGAUUGUCGAGGUAGUAGGUACUGUAGGGGUGCUGGGAACUUUUGGGGUCUGGAUGUGGUAUGCGGGAGGCCCAGGGGUAGCUUGA